CGACCGCCCCUUCUGCAAUGCUCGCCGUCCUCUGCUCCAGCGCCCUCUCUUCGAGCGGCGACGCCUUCUUCAAACUCUCGACGACCCGCGCCCUGCCGGCGGCUCGCCCUCUCUCGCCGCACGUCAACCUCGCCACGUCACCGCAAAUCUCUGACUCCAUAGACUGGGAGCAGAUGGGCUUUGCGCGUGCGGUCCGCAUUCGUCACACCAGCGCCGAGCCCGCCCCGGCUACACCCAUCGACCUCUCGGCAGCCUGCGACUCCCAGCCGGACGGCUGCGACUGGAACGAGAUGGGCGCUGCGCUGCUUCUUCGCUCCCCUCCAUCUCCAAAGCGCGCCGCCGCUGUCUCCGUCGACCUUGCGCCGCGCGGCAUCGGUCGAGCGGUGGCGGGCAUCCUCGGGAAGCGGCGCCCUCGGCGAGACGCGGAGCGCGUCCGCGACCUCCGCUUUGCGUACGCAGUCGGAGUCGAGGAGAAGCGGCGGCUCGGGCUGUGAGGAACCCAAGUGGCGGGGCGGGAUGGGUGAGGGGGGGGGGGGGGGGGCUUGACACUUCUCGCUGCGGCCGCCGCGUCGCGAGGCGCGCCCGGAGGCCGGAGCGGCCCCUCCUGGCCGCUUGGCUUGGCAUGGGUGCGUGCUCGGGGGAGCAAGCCCUUGUUUUUCCACGGGGAUGAUGAGGCUGGAUUGAGGAUUGGAGGCGGACUGCUGUCUGCGGUGAGGAAUGCGGACAUGGGAGGCGGCUCUGACGGGGCAUGACCAUAGGCGGCCGCCCUGUUGCCGCGGCAAGUGGAGGAGCUGCCCAAGCAGGAUUGAGCAUGGUCGAUGGUGGAAGUGAGCAUGUGGGAUUGACAUCAUGUGCACGCGUGCUCUCCCUGUCGUGUCGAGCGAGAUCCCCCGUCCUUUUGGGGUGCGUUCAGAUUCUGAAGAGUUACAGGCGAGG